UAACCUCCCGCAGUCAUGUCAUCCUUAUGAAACCCGUAAACACUGAGGCUUUAGGCUUGAACUGUCAUAACCAGCUGCACACACACACACACGCACACACACACACUGCAGACCACUGGAACUGGACAUCCGUGCGCAUUUAAUAUGUCGAUCUACAGGAAUGCUGUUUGGUUUGUGAAAGGACUGCAGGAGUACACAAAGUGUGGCUAUGAGGCCGCAGCAAAGCAUUUCACUCCGGCGGACCUCGAUGUAAACUUGAAUGGCAGGUCCUUCAUGAUAACAGGCGCCAACAGUGGGAUAGGAAAAUCCACGGCUCUGGAAAUAGCCAACAGAGGGGGAACGGUUCAUAUGGUGUGUCGAAACCAGGGGCGGGCAGAGGCAGCCAGGGAUGAAAUUAUAGAGCAGAGUAAGAAUCAGAAUGUCCACGUACACAUUGUGGACAUGUCCAGCGCCAAGCAAGUGUGGGAGUUUGCACAGAAUUUCUCUCAAAACAACAGUGUAAAUGUACUGAUCAACAACGCUGGCUGCAUGGUCACCCAGAGGGAGUUGACUGAGGAGGGUUUGGAGAAGAACUUUGCCACAAAUACACUCGGUACGUACAUCCUCACCACAGCGUUGAUACCUGCCCUGAAGAAGGUCGAAGACCCCCGAGUGAUCACUGUGUCCUCUGGAGGCAUGCUGACACAGAAGCUGAACGUGGAUGACCUGCAGUUUGAGAAGGGGACGUUUGACGGCACCAUGGCCUACGCUCAGAACAAAAGGCAGCAGGUGAUCCUGACAGAGAGAUGGGCGUCCCAACACAAAGAGAUCCACUUUUCCUCCAUGCAUCCCGGCUGGGCUGACACGCCAGCUGUCCAGUCAUCCAUGCCCGAAUUCCACGCCAAGAUGAAGAACAAACUUCGGACAGACACCAUGGGGGCCGACACCGUGGUUUGGCUGGCCGUGUCUGCAGCCACCACCAAGCAGCCCAGUGGACUUUUCUUUCAGGAUCGCAAAGCCGUGGUGACACACCUGCCUCUGGCCUGGUCCAGGUCUUCACCACAGGAGGACGAGAAGCUGCAGGCCACGUUGGAUCAGCUUGCCAACAAGUUCAAACCUUGAUGUCGCUGCCAUAUAGGACUUUUUUUUUUUUUUUUUUGCUGCCGAACACUCCUUACUACAAAUAUAAAACCUCACGUUUCAUAAACUUUCUUGGAUGUAAAAGACAUUUUUUUUAUAUUUGAGAUGAAACGUCAGGGAACAUGCUGCAUUCCAAAACGUGGCUUUUUCCAUGUUGAGCUCUGCCAAAAACAAACACUAAUCACCUCAGGAGAGCAGGAGCUGAACAGAUGAAGCAAAACCUUCAGUAAUUACUGAGUAUAACGAUUAAAUGUAAAUUGAUUCCGAAACAAAUGAUCUCUUAUGAUUUAUGAAGGACAGCUGUGAUACUGAACUGCUGAACUGACCUCCCAUGGACAAACAACACAAGAUGUUGCUCCCUUUUCUCUGUCCUGCCACUGAUCUGCAGCGCUACACAGUAUCAAUCUGACAAACCUGGGAGUUGACAUCACAAUUCAGGCAAUUUUUGUACCAGUUUUUGUAAUUUUGUAUCAUCAAUGGUACUUUCUUACCAGCUGUCAACAAAUAACGUCUAAGCUACACUGAGCAUCAGGAUUACAAGAGUUUACACAAGUUUAGUUGUAGAUGAGAGCUUCCUGCUUGUCUGGCAUGUGGCUUUGAGACAGACAUGUUUAAGUUCAUAAACAAGGAUUGGACAGUAAGAAGUAUGAGAUAAGCCAGAAGCAUAACACUGUGAAUGUAUAACCUCAGCUACUAUCUUAAUUUAGCCUUGGUUUUUAUGUAUUGCUCUUUUAAUCAUGUACAUUUGUAUUGUUGUAAAGCACUCCUGUUGUUUCUAAAUGU